CACAAUGUGGAAGGCUGUGCGUUGACCUCCCACCGGAUUCACCUCUAAUGAGAAGCCAUGUUUCGCUCUCUGAGAAGCGUCCAGCGGUUUAACUGCAAACUCCUGACUUUGCAAAGUCUCAGCGUCAACUCCAAACUCCUCAUCUGCACGUCCAGGAUGGCCAGCUCAGAGUACAGGCUCGAGCGGGACACGUUUGGUGAGCUCAAGGUCCCAGCUGACAAGUACUACGGUGCCCAGACUGUCAGAUCCACUAUGAACUUCAAGAUAGGGGGACCAAGUGAGAGAAUGCCAAUCCAAGUGAUCAAGGCCUUUGGUAUCCUGAAGAGAGCGGCCGCUGAGGUCAACAAGGACUACGGCCUCAACCCGAAGAUAGCAGAUGCAAUCAUCCAGGCUGCAGACGAGGUCUCAGCAGGUAAACUGGAUGAUCAUUUCCCUCUGGUGGUGUGGCAGACUGGAUCUGGGACUCAGAGCAACAUGAACGUCAAUGAGGUGAUCAGCAACAGAGCUAUUGAGAUCCUAGGAGGAAAACUAGGCUCCAAGGACCCUGUCCACCCUAAUGAUCACGUCAACAAGAGUCAGAGCUCCAAUGACACAUUUCCCACCGCUAUGCACAUCGCCGUAGCCACAGAGGUCCACCACGUCCUGCUGCCCGGCCUGCAGACGCUGCACGACGCCCUGGCUGCGAAGUCUGAGGAGUUCAAAGACAUCAUAAAGAUCGGACGCACGCACACUCAGGAUGCUGUGCCGCUCUCGCUUGGGCAGGAGUUCAGCGCCUAUGUCCAGCAGGUGAAGUACAGCAUUGAGAGAGUAAAGGCCGCCAUGCCCAGGGUGUACGAGCUGGCAGCGGGAGGCACCGCAGUAGGUACGGGACUCAACACCCGCAUUGGCUUUGCUGAGAAAGUAGCCGCCACUGUUGCGUCUCUCACAGGCCUGCCGUUUGUGACCGCCCCCAAUAAGUUUGAAGCCCUGGCAGCCCACGACGCCCUGGUGGAGCUGAGCGGAGCGCUGAACACUGUGGCUGUCAGUAUGAUGAAGAUUGCCAACGACAUACGCUUCCUGGGGUCGGGACCCCGAUCCGGCCUCGGAGAGCUCAUCUUACCAGAGAAUGAGCCAGGAAGCAGCAUCAUGCCAGGCAAGGUGAACCCUACCCAGUGCGAGGCCAUGACCAUGGUGGCAGCCCAGGUGAUGGGAAACCACGUCGCGGUCACCAUCGGAGGCAGCAACGGACACUUCGAGCUCAACGUCUUCAAACCCAUGAUGGUCAAGAACGUGCUGAACUCGGCCCGGCUGCUCGGCGACGCGUCCGUCUCCUUCACCGACAACUGCGUGGUGGGCAUCCAGGCCAACACGGAGAGGAUCAACAAGCUCAUGAACGAGUCCCUCAUGCUGGUCACCGCGCUCAACGAGCACAUCGGCUACGACAAAGCGGCCACCAUCGCCAAGACGGCUCACAAGAAAGGCUCCACGCUGAAGGCCGUGGCCGUGGAGCUGGGCUACCUGACCGAGGAGCAGUUUGACCAGUGGGUGAAGCCGAGUGAGAUGCUGGGGCCAAAGUGAACUCUGACAACACGAGGGACACUUCAAAACAAAAUAACUACAUUUUCUUUGGGAGGAAAGAGCAUGUCCAAUUAAAUCAGAGCAGUGGAACUUUAUGAACAAUCUGAAUCCUGAACAUCUCUUAAUAAAAAGGAUCAUUUGCUGUUGUUUGGUCCAGCUUCUUACUCCACAUAUACACCUCCAGGAUGUCUUAUUUAAAAGUAGUUUCAACUGCUGCCCAACAUCACAAGUAUCAACACAACUUUUCUCUGUAAGAGUAAAAUGCAUGUAUUUGUACUCCAACUUGUUGAUUUUGACAUUUAAAGCUGGGGCAGGCAGUUUAUUUCAGAAGCAGUAUUUGUUAUAUUUGCUGAAAUUCUCUUUACAUCCAGACAGCGAACUCUAACGGCCUGUCCACUCAUCGCUGCAUGAAAACAUGUUAUGAAGGAAUGGCUUUGGAGGGAGGCCUGAAAGGAGGGAGUGGGAUGUUUUUCUGUUGGUUACUUUUAAAAUCCAGCUGUCUCUAUAUAGUUCUCCAAUGUUGCCUACCCCAUGUUUUCCACUAUUAAUUGGUACCUUCAGGGCAGUUCACAUGUUCACACUGUGCCAUCCCAAAAGAUUCAACAUGGACGUUCUGGUUUACAUUAUGUGCCAUGAGUUCAGUUAACUUUGCAUUAAUUAAAAAGCAAGUAUAUUCCG